UGAAAUUGGACGGAAGGUGUUCAGGAUUAGAAAGGAAUGUUUCGAUUGACAUCCGUCGACCUGUAUAUGCGAGUUCAUAAAGUGCUAAAUCUACGAACUAUCAAGAUGGUUAUGGUCAAAGUGCGAGAGGAAACACAUACAUUUCAUCACGGUCACCAUCAUCAUACCCCAACACGUGGACACCUAGUUCAUCAUCGUCAUGGACACAACAGCCCAGCGCAUACGUUGAAGUCCUUAUUUGGAAAAUACCGACAUCUCCGAUGCUCAUCUCCAAAACCGAACAUCUCAACGCCAAAAUCCAAGCGUUUGUCGGAAUCAAAGAGGAACUGUCUCAGUAGUGAAUUCAGAAAACCAUUUUUGAUCAAGAAAAAUGGCGCUGCUGAUGAUGAUGAUUCAGUGUUCAUUAAGGAAGAUUUCAAACUUGGAAAACUUCUUGGAGCCGGGGGUUUUGGUUCUGUGUAUAUGGCAAAUGGAAAGUCUGGACAUGACUCCAUUGCUAUUAAAGUAAUGAAGAAGCCUACCAUGAGCAAAAAUCCCGAUGCUAUGUUUGAAAGUUUCAAAGCCGAGCUUCGGUGUAUGCAACUCGCUCAUCCUAAUAUUGUCCAAUCAUUAGGAGCUACCCAUAUGACGUCAUUCGAAGAUGGGGCAUGGGUCGUUAUGGAGUAUGCCGGAGACAGAACAUUGCAGACAGCUCUCAACGAAUCCCACGUCGACCUGACGAUCGAAAUCAGAGUGAAAUUUUCCACUCAGAUUGCUCAAGGUCUGAAAUAUCUCCAUGACAACAAUAUUGUACAUUUGGAUAUUAAACCUGCCAACAUCCUCAUCACUCCAGACGGUGUUUGUAAAAUCGGUGACCUUGGGUGCUCCCAGAUUUUAGAGGAGGGGACCGGAAAGGUCAGCCCCACUCAAAGGUCAUCCCUCACUGGUACAUUUGCAUAUCGCGCGCCAGAACUACUUCGCGGUGAUGCGCCUACUAGGAAAGCAGACAUUUAUUCAUACGGCGUUACUAUGUGGCAAAUGCUAGCCCGUGAUAACCCAUAUGGUAAUGAGAACCAGCACGUAGUUAUCUUCGGUGUUGUGGCCUACGGACACCGCCCUAAACACCCAAAUAUGUCGGAGCAGUGUCCGUUUGAACUUUGCUAUCGUGACCUCUAUUCGCAGUGUUGGGAUUCGGUUCCUGAAAAUCGGCCGUCUGCAGAUGAGUUGGUGAAAGUGCUAGAUGUGUGGAAGAAAAAUGUGUAGUUCUUCAGAGAAAACUGACAACAUUUGUAAAUAUGCGUGUUUAUGUAUUUAUAAAAUUCAUUGAAUCAUGAAAUUUGGAUGACGAAGGAUGAACAAUUAGCUAGUCUAACUCGCUUUGGACAUGUGGUGUAGAAUUUAACCCAAUUCAAUAUGGAGAUAUAAAGUGUAUAUAGAUAUGUUGGGAUCCUAUUGAUCCAGGGUUUCUUCCCUGCUUGUAUAUUGAUGUAAUAAUAUGUAAAUUGACAAAAUGUAUAUACAGUUAUAUUUACAAGUUUAUUUCACAUUUUUAUUUACAAUUGUUAUAUUUACACGUUUACCAUCUUUGUCGGUGUCUGUUAUACAUUAGCUAACGUCUAACUAUACAAUACCUGUCUAAUGACAUAUUAGAAUGUUUAUCAAUGUAUAUCAACUACACUUUUGUACUUUUUUAACCGUCGUGUCUUGUGUCCUAUUUAUACAAUGUGUGUCUUGUGUCCAUUUAUACACUGUAUCUUAUUCACACGUAUACAAUGUGUGUCUUGUGUCCAUUUAUACACUGUAUCUUAUUCACACGUAUACAAUGUGUGUCUUGCCAUAUUUAUACUGUGUCUUGUGUCCUAUUCAUACGUAUACAAUGUGUGUCUUGUCCUAUUUAUACUGUGUGUCUUGUGUCUUAUUCACACGUAUACAAUGUGUGUCUUGUCCUAUUUAUACUGUGUGUCUUGUGUCUUAUUCACACGUAUACAAUGUGUGUCUUGUCCUAUUUAUACACUGUGUCGUAUGUCCUAUUUAUACACUGUGCUAUACACUGUGUGUCUUGUGUCAUAUUUAUACACUAUGUGUCUUGUGUCUUGUGUGUCUUGUGUCUUGUGUGUAUUGUGUCUUGUGUGUAUUGUGUCUUGUGUGUAUUGUGUCCUAUUUAUACACUGUGUCUUAUGUCCUAUUUAUACACUGUGUUAUACACUGUGUGUCUUGUGUCAUAUUUAUACACUAUGUGUUUUGUGUCUUGUGUGUAUUGUGUCCUAUUCAUACACUGUGUCUUAUGUCUUAUUCAUACACUGUGUUAUACACUGUGUGUCUAGUGUCAUUUAUACACUGUGUGUCUUAUGUCCUAUCUAUACACUGUGUGUCUAAUGUCCUAUCUAUACACUGUGUGUCUAGUGUCCUCUUUAUACCCUGUGUGUCUUGUUUUUACACUGUUUGUUAUGUCCUAUUUAUACACUGUGUGUCUUGUGUCUUAUUUAUACACAUUGUGUCUUGUAUUAUUCAUACAAUUCGUCCUUUUUUAAUUUUUACAAUGUCUGUUCAGUGUCCAAUGUAUACAGUGUCUUUUGAAAUAUAUAAUGGUGUGUAAUGUCAUAGUUAUACAAUUGUAUUUUUGUCAUACAAUGAAUGUUUUUAUCUUGUUUCUGCAGUGCGAUUUGUAGAUGACAUACUGUCCGACAUCUUUAUGGAAUGCCUAUUGUUAUUUUGAUACAUAUAGAUGUAUUAUAUUCCUCUACCGUCCAAAGAUACUCGGUAGAGGGCGAGGAUUUUUCAACACCGAUGAUAUUGCAACUUUUGUGGGACGUCGUUUUUGUGAUAAUUUUACACGGAAUUCAUUUUAACGCCCUAUAUAUUUCUUGUUCUCUCAUAUUCUUAGUUAUUAAUAGUACCACGUUAUUAUUUAUACAUUUUCUAUGACUUCAUCUAUAUUCUAUCUAAUGUCUAAAUCUAAUGAAACAAUAUUACAACAGAAAUAGCUUAUUCUUUUUUUCUUUUAUUUCUUUCUAUUUUUCUUCAUUUUGGUCGAUUCAACACAGACCUGUUAACUUUUAAUGAUGACGUCACAGAGUAGUUCUCUCGGUGUAUGAAUUUAAACAUUCCAUUUACAUGUUUAUUUACUAUAGGGACUUUGCGCCAAUUCCAAGCCCUUCAGUCCGUGUAUAUGUAUUGUAAGUAUCCAAUUGUGAAAUUAUUAGUAUUACACGUAUUUGUGAAUGGGUUGACACAGAAACUAUAUUCUUAGGCAUUGGCUGCAUUAAGUGAAGUGCUCAGUAAGUAAAUUAAUGCUAGGUUUCGAUUUUGUAUUAUCAAAUCAGAACGCUUUAAAGCUAAAAAGAAAUAUAUUGGAGGUAAUGCAACUUUAGAUCGUGAUUCUAUACAGUUUACUUGCUUUCAAAAACUUAAAGGUUUUUACUUAUAAUAAAAUGUUAUCUGGCUGAUUCUAGAAUUGCCGCGAGUAUUAUCUGGGGAAAUCAAUUGACAAGAUUCUUGCAUUUUAACUAUGGCAAAAUAUAUAUUAGCUUUGAACGAUCUUUGAAUUAAAAUAACAACAACAACAAAAUGAAAACAUAGAAAACGAAAGCAUGUAUCUGCUAUUUAAAUAACACAAAGGACGAGUUAGAUUCAAUCCGUGUUUUAUUUCACAAAAGUAUGGUACAUAUAUGUAUGCGUAUUUAUUUACAUUUAAAAGAAUUUACAUAACCUCUAAAUGUCUCAUUGUUACCAAUAAUACAUUGUCCAUCCGCCAUGAUAUGUUUAUAUUACUAUCACUUACCGGUAAUGUAUUAAUGUGCUGUACAUGUUUGAUCUGACGCGGCCAUUAAACUAUUACACUGUUAACAGAUAAUUAAUUUAAUGGCCGAGGGGUUAGUAUUUUGUGCCAAGUCCCUGUGGUAUACAAAAUGACGGUUAUUAUUGAGCGUACAUUGUAUCGUGCGGCUUUUAUUAAUUAUAAUAUAUAUUCUUUAUACAUAUGUUGCCCACGUUUUGGCUUUAAAAUACAAAUGAAAUUCAAUAAAAAAAAUGUUGAUUGUUUUUAAACAUAUUGCGCUUUUUAACUUAAGAAAAAAUGCAAAAAAAAAGUUUUUCAAUUUCAGAAACGAUACGUGUAUGCGUUACAUUUGUACUAGAUAUAGAAUAUACGAGUGGCAAUCGUUUUUAUAUAAACUUUAUUGGUGUUGCUAUCUUUGUGUCAAAAUUUGAAGAAAUAUUAUAUCCUCGUUCGCUUCUCUGCAAUAACUUAUAAAAUUACUUAAUACUAGGUGUCAUGAUGGUAUGGAGGAUUGCUGAUAUUGAUAUUGUGGAUUAUGAAAAAAAUAAAGAUAUAGCAAAAUAAAAUCUGUUGGUUUUCAGUUUA